CCGCACAACCCCACAACCCCCGAGAUUCCUUGCGCCUGCAUCCCUCCCCCCGCUAUCGCCCCUUCAAGGCCCUGGGUCCGUCCACUGGGGGCGCGCGCAGUGCGUGGCAGGCGGUAGCGGAGCUGGCGGCUGGGAGCGCGGGUCGCGUGGCGGUGCGUGGUUGCUAGGGGCGCCUGAGGCCGCCGGGUCGCUCAGCAGGCCAAGGAGCAAGCAGCGCGGAGCCAGCUCAGUGCCGAGGCGAAGCUGAAUCGGCUAGGUGAGUGAGUGUGCCACUCUGAAAACACUUGAGGAGGAGGCCAGGAUUCCAUUCAGAUGAAUGACUUCUUAUAAAAGGAUCUUGUUUUUUCCUCCGGAUGCUGUCAUGAAAGAAGGCCCACCUUUCCCUGCAGUUGUGAAAACUGGAGACUGUUUUGUGCAGUUGAUUUAGAAACUGACGGACUUCAAGGAUGCAGCUGCCGCUACUGGAGGCGUGUGGCACCUUUCCUCAGCCGGGCCAUGAGGCCGUGUGGCCAUGAUGUGGGCCCCCCAUGGCCUCAGCGGGAACGGAGCACUACAGCAUUGGCCUCCGCCAGGGCAACGGCUUUAAGCAGACGGGUCCCGUGGGCCCCACACCUGCCCUGCCACCUGAGAAACGCUGUGAGGGCAAAGUCUGGCCUCAGGCUCAUCAGCAGGUGAAGCCGAUCUGGAAGCUGGAGAAGAAGCACGUGGGGACACUUUCGGCAGAGUUGGGCCCACCCCAACCAGCAUGUUUUUUUUGCCCCAGCACUUUAUGUAGCCCUGGGCCCACAACUGUCCUUGCAGGCCACGGCAACUCCUGUUACCUGCACUCUCUCCCGGACCUGGUCAGCCACACCCUGCUGUACCGCCGCUCCAACUGUAGGCACAAAACGUACCAGCAACUGGAGUCUUUCUGCUUGCGUUCAAGCCCGUCAGAAAGAAGAUCUUUUUCUGUCCCUCAAAAGAGCUUCACUGUCAGACUCACUGCCAAUCAGGCCUCGUCUCUCCCAGUCUCCCCCAUGGCCCAGCCCACGGCGUCCUCAUCCACAGAUCCGUACUUCUCCCUGGGAGCAGCCGGGGAAAUCCCUUCAGGGAAUAGCCUGGCCUCUGCCAUCUCAGGGAAGAUCCCAUCUCCACUCUCCUUCUCCUCCUCCUCCUACAAGCCCAUGCUAAAUAACAACUCCUUUAUGCGGCCAAAUAGCACAAAAGUGCCUUUAUCACAGGCCACAGAGGGCCUGAAGCCACUGUCCUCACCCAGGAUCCACCUUGCCUCCUGGCAUCAUUCAGGGGGCACUGGAGACUGUGUACUCCAGCCCAUUGAACACAAGGUCCCACACAAGAGCAAUGGCACCGUCCUAGAGGAUGCUCUUGCCCGUAGCACCCUGGCUUCCCCCAGCUCCUUAGACACUUCCGCCACCAGUGUUGCCUCUCCCCAGUCUAACCAGAGUAACUUAGCCACGAGGGCAAAGCCACAUCCCUUUGGCCUGGAUGGCGACUCUGCUUCCCAGGCUCUGAGCAGGGAGGUUCGGUUCACUGAGGCCGUGAGGAAGUUGACUGCACGAGGCCUUGAGCCGCCGAGGCAAGGCUGCCAGUUUGAUCAGUCUUGUUUCAUGAACCCCAGCUUGCAGUGGGAUCUCAACAGGAACAGGCAGUGGAAACCUCCUGCAGUAGACCCGCCAUUCUCGCAGGAGGAUGCUGGCGCAGACGGUAGGACCCUCCCCGGAGCUUCGGACGCCUUGGAGUUGGAUAGCACCGUCUUCUGCACCAAGCGCAUCAGCAUUCACCUCCUUGCCUCACACGCCAACGGGCUCAGCCACAGCCCUGCCUGUGGGUCUGCGACCGACUCCCCACCACUUAGAGAAGACAAAAUUCCAGUUCUGCCUUCUCCCCCUCAGCCCUGUGGCUUAGCCGACGUGGCCACCCGCCUCUCUUCCAUCCAUCUGGGCCAGCUUGGGAAGGAGGGGCCUAAAGAAGCCAGGGAGCUGGACUCAUCUUCUAGGGAGAUUGGCUCAGCUGCUGACCUCCAGCCAGACCAGGCUGAGGCUGAAGAUGUAGAAGAAGAGCUGGGAGAUGGUUUGGAGGACUGCUGCAGCCAUGACGAGAAUGAGGAGGAGGAAGGAAACUCCGAGUGCUCCUCGCCCAGUGCCGUCUCCCCCAGUGGGUCGAUAGCAGUCAUUUCUCGGAGCUGCAUGGAGAUUCUGACCAAACCUCUUUCCAGUGAGAAAGUUGUCCGACCAGCCCUCAUCUAUAGUCUCUUUCCCAACGUGCCCCCUACCAUCUAUUUUAGCACUCGGGAUGAGAGAGUGGAGAAACUUCCCUGGGAACAGAGGAAGCUGCUCCGGUGGAAGAUGAGCGCAGUGACCCCCAACAUUGUCAAGCAGACCAUUGGACGGUCCCACUUCAAAAUCAGCAAGAAAAAUGAUGACUGGCUGGGCUGCUGGGGUCACCACAUGAAGUCUCCUGGUUUCCGAUCCAUUCGGGAACAUCAGAAGCUAAACCACUUCCCAGGUUCAUUCCAGAUUGGGCGAAAGGACCGACUGUGGCGGAACCUGUCCCGCAUGCAGAGCCGCUUUGGCAAGAAGGAGUUCAGUUUCUUCCCCCAGUCCUUUAUCCUGCCGCAGGACGCCAAGCUUCUGCGCAAAGCCUGGGAGAGCAGCCGCCGCCAAAAGUGGAUUGUUAAACCACCAGCAUCAGCUCGAGGCAUUGGCAUCCAGGUCAUUCACAAGUGGAGUCAGCUCCCCAAGCGAAGGCCCCUUCUGGUACAGAGGUAUCUGCACAAACCCUACCUCAUCAGUGGCAGCAAGUUUGAUCUGCGAAUCUAUGUCUACGUCACCUCCUAUGAUCCUCUACGGAUUUACCUCUUUUCCGAUGGACUUGUCCGCUUUGCCAGUUGCAAGUAUUCGCCUUCCAUGAAGAGCCUUGGCAACAAGUUCAUGCACCUGACCAACUACAGUGUCAAUAAAAAGAACGCUGAGUACCAGGCCAAUGCAGAUGAAACGGCCUGCCAGGGCCACAAAUGGGCACUGAAGGCUUUAUGGAACUACCUGAGCCAGAAGGGAGUCAAUAGUGAUGCCAUCUGGGAGAAGAUAAAGGAUGUGGUUGUCAAAACCAUCAUCUCGUCAGAACCAUAUGUGACCAGCCUGCUGAAGAUGUACGUGCGGCGACCCUACAGCUGCCAUGAGCUCUUCGGUUUCGACAUCAUGCUGGACGAGAACCUCAAGCCCUGGGUCCUGGAAGUGAACAUCUCCCCGAGCCUCCAUUCCAACUCUCCACUGGACAUCAGCAUCAAAGGCCAGAUGAUCCGUGACCUUCUGAACCUGGCAGGCUUUGUUCUGCCCAACGCAGAGGAUAUCGUUUCCAGCUCCAGCAGCUCCAGCAGCUCCACGACCAGCCUGCCCAUCUCCCCCAGAGACAAAUGUCAAAUGGCCCCAGAGCACUUCACUGCACAGAAGAUGAAGAAAGCCUAUUACCUGUCCCAGAAAACUCCUGAUCAGGACUUCUAUGCGUCAGUGCUGGAUGUCCUGACACCAGAUGACGUUCGGGUUCUGGUCGAGAUGGAAGAUGAGUUUUCUCGCCGGGGUCAAUUUGAACGAAUUUUUCCUUCUCGAAUUUCUUCUCGCUAUCUCCGCUUUUUUGAGCAGCCACGAUAUUUCAACAUUCUCACCACCCAAUGGGAACAGAAGUACCAUGGCAACAAGCUCAAAGGAUUAGAUCUGCUUCGGAGUUGGUGCUACGAAGGGUUCCACACAGGAACCAUCUCUGAUUCUGCUCCAAUGUGGUCUCUCCCAACGUCACUUCUGACUGGCUCAAAGUGUGACAUGACGCUCAGUGCUUACUCCAAAUCAGAGACUGGCAAGCUGGGAAAACACAGCUCCUCUGAGGGAAUAAUGCCACUCCCCAAUGAUGGGACCACACCCAAGCCCAAGAAGACUCAAGCUGACCUUUCCUCUUUCCUCAGGAAUCCCAUUUCUUCAAAGGACAGUGAGGACACCAGCAAAGAGCCCAGCCUCUCCACCCACAAGUACUCUGGGCAGACUUUGACACUGUCUGCUUCCCCCACCUCCCAAUCAACUGGCGACCCCCUCCUGGCUGCUGUGAGCCCAUGACCGGCCUCGCUCCACUAGCUGCUGCCCAGGGUCACCUCUGUUAGCUACCUCAUGGGGACCGGCCAGCUGGCCCGCCUGAGCCCCCACCCCUCCACCUUGCUCCUCCUCAGAGUAUUUUUUGAAGUGGCUGAAUUCCAGAGAUGGGUAUCUGGAGGGCUGGAGGGGUGGUGGGGAUGGGGAAAGAGAAGGUGAGGAAGGGUCACUGGCUGGUACCUCAUAUCUCAGCAGAGAAGCCAAUGAUGGCCACUCAGCCUUAUAAAGCAGGGUUUGGUUUCUACCCUCAGAGAGCCACGUGUGGUUUAUUUUAGGCCUUGGUACAGUGAUUGAAUUAUAGUUCAAGAGGAGAAACAUAGUGAACAUAUUUGGGCCGAAGUCCUUUGUCAUUGGGGAGGUCACAGUCUCCUCAGGUCUCACCGUCUCUCUGGAAGAGCCACUUUCAGACAUCUUCAGGCAUCCUCGGUAGACGGGGAGAGGCUGUGACAUGAUGAACUCACUUCCUGUCAACCUUAUCUCGGGCUUCACCACCGCCAGGUCAUUUACCUUUUCAUACAUCCAGCCUGCCAGUAGCCCUAGGUCUUCCUGUUCUGACCUCCCAUCACUAUGUGGUCAGCCUUCUAGACUUCUCUCUUUUGGAUGUUAACUCUUCAGCUCUUGACUUUUGAGAGUGAGAGGUUCUGUGAACUUUGUGAAUUUCGUAUAGCCCCAGUGAAGGAGCCCAGAGAAUCCCAGUAGCUCUUGGCUGUGUCCAUAUAUCAAAGGACACAGUCCUGGGGGAUGGUAGAAGGAGCUGUGAUUCCCCCACAACCCAGAGGAGGCUCAUGUUCUGCUUACUCCCCUUUGCUGUGUCUGAUUAGCUGGGUCUGGCUCACAGGUCGCUAGGGCAAGCAGAGUCUGGUGGCAUGGCAGGUGGGUUUCAGGAGCUGUCACCACUGUAGGAUGGGCUCCUAGUCAGACUGCUGACUAACUCUGGUACUCUUAACUGAAUCUACCUCCCUCCCUAAAUCUCAGUAACAUGGUGAGUGUUCAAUAAAUGUUCGAGUGAACUGUACAGAUUAUCUCCAAGGACAUGGCACCUGAACCAGAAGUUCUGCGUCUCUCUCCGCAGGGGAAGGUGGAGCCAGGCGGGAGCUUGGAUCAGAAAGGCUGUUCUCACUUAAACAGUGCUCCUCCUUAACCCCACACUUGCUGGUCGCUGCUUGCCCCCUCCCUAGCCCUGCAAUCCCUUUACUUCAUGUUGCCAGCAGCAGGGCCCAACAAGAAGCCAACUGGUCCCUGUUUGUCAUACCCAAGUUUUCACCUUUGCACAUCAGGCAGGAAGGCAGCUCUCCCCCAGGGCUGUCUGCCUUCAUUCUCCCAGAGCUUUGGGAAGAUGCUCUCCCCUGUCACGUGGCUCCUGGAGUUCUGUGGUGAGUUCAGAUGGAACCAGGGAAAGAUCACUAAGAGCCCUGACUGGGUUUAAGGCCACAGUAGGUGACUGCUGGCCAGUGUGAAGGCUGUGUUGACAGUUGUGAAAAAAGCAUGGUGUCAGAGUCCUGGGGCAGCUCCUGCUGCUCUGUCGUAAGGACUUCACAUUCAGGGCCAAUAGGAGAGGUCCUUGAAGCCAAGUGUUUUUAAAUUCUCAUCACCUGUAAGUGUCUGAUGGACGUUACGCUGGGUGGGAGAAGGAAUGGGGCCUGGGGAUCAUUUCCCUUUCGCCCUGAGAGAAAAUUCAAUCUCGCUCAUUAAGCAGUCAGCAUACGUACUUAGCAGUGAACACCCACAGCAUAAGUUAUUCAGCUGAAGGAUUUUGGGGGAAGUAAUGAGGGUUUGGGGGUUUUGUUUUUUGGGUUUUUUUUGGAAGUUUAAAUUUGGGGGUAUAGUAGAAUAAAUGUUUGUCAGAACAUGUCAGUUGUUUUCCUAAGGUGAUAACUUACCCAGUCCCUGUUUAGAGAAAGGGGAGUGAGUGCUCCUGAGUCGCGGAAUGAAGUACAGAGUAUUUCUGGAGCACUGCAGUAAGGAUUUGGGUGGAGGGCAAGGAGGGUGGGCACUAUUCCUGUUUACUUCAGAUUCACUCGGGAUUGGUCAGAAACUAAAUACUAAUGAAAAGGUGGUGUUCUGAGAGGAAAAGAGCGUGUGCCUUGGAGGCUGAUCUUAGGUUCAAAUCGUAGCUUUGCUGUGUGACCUUGGGCGUGUCAUCUAACUUUAAAGUCUCGUUUUUGUUUUGUUUUUUUUUGUGUUUUUUUUUAAUACAAAUAUAAUACCUACAUUUAAGGGAGGUGAAAAUUAAGCAAAAUAUACUGAAAGCAUUUAGAGGGUUCAUAGUGCAUGGUUACUCCUUUUUCCAUUUGCUAUCCAAACCCUGUUCUUUGGGUAGGGAAAGGCAGGCAAGAAAUGUAAAAGGGAAGC